GGAUGAUGGAGGAGGAAGAGAAGGAUGGAGUGUGUGUGUGUGUGUGUGUGUAAUCUGCAUAUGGGGAGGACCCUUGCGCUCUUAAAGCUGCUGUUGGGGCGCGCGAGGUGCACAUCUGCACCGUGGAGACGACAGCAUGCAUACGCACACACACAUACACACACACACAAUACACACACACGCUGACAACUCUGGACGGACCCCCCCUGAGACUCCCAAGAUGCAACAGCAGGGCACAUUAGAGAUCCAGACACACAGCAAAGUUCCGGCGAGGAGGGGGCGCGUGUCCGACUGCUCCACAACCCAGGGUGUUCCUCUGUUGAAAUGGCUGCUGCUGGCCACGCUGCUGGCUCCUGGAGCCUGGAGCCUCCUCAGUGAGCAGGAGGAGGAGCUGCUGGUGGAGCUCCACAACUACUACAGAGGGCAGGUGUUCCCGAGUGCCUCUGCCAUGCUGCCUCUGAAAUGGGACCCAGUGCUGAAGCUGCUGGCAGAGAGCUACGCCACCAAGUGCAUCUGGAACCACAACCCGGACCUGGAGGACACUGGAGAGAACCUAUAUGCUGGCACUGGGCCCGUAGACCUGCGGGCAGCGCUGGAGAAGUGGUUCCUGGAACAUCUCUACUAUGACUUCCGUAACAACAGUUGUGAUGAUGACAAGAUGUGUGGACACUACACACAGAUGGUGUGGUCAGAUACACACAGGGUGGGCUGUGCAGUCCACCUGUGUAACAACAUGGAGGGUCUGGAGUGGGAGAGGAUCUCUUUCCUGGUCUGCAACUACUACCCAGCGGGGAACUACGAAGACGAGCGUCCUUACGUGGAAGGAGAUUCGUGCUCCCAAUGUCCGGAAAAACUACAAACAUGUGAAAACAACCUCUGUGUUCCCGACAUGGAUGACAUGGAUGGCGAAGAAGAGGAGGAGGAGGAGGGUAUGCUUCUUCUUCCUGCCGCAACAACAGAGUUAUUCCACCAGGCAGACGUCACCACCAGAAUCAGCAGAACUAGCAAAACCACCCUUCCGCCACCGACUCCCAGUCUUCUACCUCCUCUCGUGACAUCCAAAUCCAACUUCCUCUCGGGUGAAGAAGAGGAGGAGGAGGGUGUGCCUGUUCUUCCUCUCACAACAACAGAGUCAUACCACAAAGCGGACAUCACCAGCAGCACUAGCAGAACCAUUCCACCCCCACAGACCCCCACUACAGUCCAGAGGAAGUCAGCCAUGAGGAAGGAGGUGGAUUCAAAGGCAGGACAACAAGAAACAAGAAUGGAGGGCCUACCAAUCUUCACAAUAGCUCAGAAAGACAUUCCAAUCAUGACGAGUGCCACCUCCUCACCUUCCCCACCGUCACUCAUGCUUGUUCUUUUUCUCGCCUUUAGCCUCAUCAUCUUCAUCAUGGUGCCAUUUGCAUCCCUCCACCUUUCUAGCUGUUCCGCCACCUGCUCCCUGCUUUCACUGCAGAUCACAAUGUCAUCUGCGAACAUCAUGGUCCACGGAGACUGCAGUCUAACCUCAUCCAUUAGCCUGCAAACUGGAAUGGGCUGAGGGCUGAGGGCUGAUCCCUGAUGCAGUCCCACCUCCACCUUCAACUUCUCUGUCACAUCUACAGCACACCUCACCACUGUUCUGCUGCCCUCAUACACGUCCUGUACUGUUCUAACAUACAGUGGGUACGGAAAGUAUUCAGACCCUCCAUCCAUCCAUCCAUCCAUUUUCUGAGCCACUUAUCCUCACAAGGGGAGUGCUGGAGCCUAUCCCAGCUUUCAACGGGCAGGAGACGGGGUACACCCUGUACUGGUUGCCAGCCAAUCGCAGGGCACAUAUAAACAAACAACCAUUCACACUCACAUUCACAGCUACGGGCAAAUUAGAGUCUUCAAUUAACCUACCAUGCAUGUUUUUUGGGAUGUGGGAGGAAACCUGAGUGCCCGGAGAAAACCCACGCAGGCACGGGGAGAACAUGCAUAGUCCACCCAGGCGGAGCUGGGGAUUGAACCCCGGUCCUCAGAACUGUGGGGCAGACGCUCUUAACUAGUCGCCCACCGUGCCGGCGCAUUCAGACCCCCUUAAAAUUUUCACUCUUAUAUUGCAGCGAUUUGCUAAAAUCAUUUAAGUUCAUUGUUUUCCUCAUUAAUGUAUACACAUCACCCCAUAUUGACAGAAAAAAACUGAAUUGUUGAAACUUUUGCAGAUUUAUUAAAAAAUAAAAACUGAAAUAUCACACAGCCAUAAGUAUUCAGACCCUAUGCUGUGACAUUCAUAUUUAACUCAGGUGCUGUCCAUUUCUUCUGAUCAUCCUUGAGAUGGUUCUACACCUUCAUUGGAGUCCAGCUGUGUAUGAUUAUUGUGAUUGGACUUGAUUAGGAAAGCCACACACCUGUCUCUAUAAGACCUUACAGCUCACAGUGCAUGUCAGUGCAAAUGAGCAUCAUGAGGUCAAAGGAUCUGCCUGAAGAGCUCAGAGACAGAAUUGUGGCUAGGCACAGAUCUGACCAAGGUUACAAAAAUAAUCUGCUGCAUUUAAGGUUCCUAAGAGCACAGUGGCCUCCAUAAUCCUUAAAUGGAAGACGUUUGGGGCGACCAGAAUCCUACCUAGAGCUGUCCGUCCGGCCAAACUGAACAAUCGGGGGAGAAAAUCCUUGGUGAGAGAGGUAAAGAAGAACCCAGAGAUCACUGUGGCUGAGCUCCAGAGAUGCAGUCGGUCGGGAGAUGGAGAAAGUUCUGGAACGUCAACCAUCACUGCAGCUCUCCACCAGUCGGGGCUUUAUGGCUGAGUGGCCCAACGGAAGCCUCUCCUCAGUGUAAGACACAUGAAAGCCCGCAUGGAGCUAAAAAACACCUGAAGGACUCCAAGAUGGUGAGAAAUAAGAAUCUCUGGUCUGAUGAGACCAAGGUAGAACCUUUUGGCUUUAAUUCUAAGCAGUAUGUGUGGAGAAAACCAGGCACUGCUCAUCACCUGUCCAAUACAGUCCCAACAGUGAAGCAUGGUGGUGGCAGCAUCAUGCUUUGGGGGUUUUUCAACUGCAGGGACAGGACGACUGGUUGCAAUCCAAGGAAAGAUGAAAGCGGCCAAGUACAGGGAUAUCCUGGAUGAAAACCUUCUCCAGAGUGCUCAGGACCUCAGACUGGGCCGAAGGUUCUUCUACUCUUCUUUCUCUCUGAAUUUCCUCUUUCAUCAACUACUCAAAGUAUUCUUUCUAUCUAUCCAGCACACUCCUGGUACAAGUCAACACAUCUAUGUCGCUCUCUAUCCUUAAUCACCCUCAUCUGCUACACAUCCUUCCCAUCUCUAUCCCCCUGUCUGGCCAACCUGUUGUUUUGGCAAAUCUUUUUCUGACAGAAUAAGUAAGGAAGCAAUCUUGUCUUUGUGGAUUUUUAUUACAAGAAAAAAGGAAAAGUCUUUGCAAAGAGAGGAAACGGUACACGUCUUACGACUUGUCACCCUUUACUGAAGCCCAGACAAAAAAAACACCUUUGUUGUAUUGAAGUGAGAAAGACAGAAGAAAAGCAAAACAAUUGUCUUUGUCCAGCUGCACUCAACAUAUCUUUAUCGAAAAACAGCAAGUCGUCACAACAUGGCUGGGAACAACUAGUAUGCACGGCAUGGCCGGAAAACUGUCACAACGUGGAACAAUAAAGCAUGUGAAAGUUGUAUAAACUAAGAGAAGUAAUAUUUGGUAUAUAUGAAACAUACAUUUGUGUGUGUGUGCGCGCGCAUCAGUUCAGAUAGAUGAUUGGUUGUUGCUCGGCUUUUAUGACCUAUCUUCUGCUCCUCUAUGACCUAUCAAUGUGCAAUGAGUUACGAGCACUGAUUGUAGCUAAAAGUGCAUGCUAACAGUGAAUCCUCUUUCUUAGAGGUGAUUACUUAGCCUUAUUAGGCCGACCCUUACGGUCAUACGUCGUAGAAGGUGAGGGAAGUGGAGGAGUCGGGACCAGAGGAGGCGCUGGGACCUUCUUGCAGUGUGACGUGUGAACCCACGUAGCUCUUUCAGCAAAUUCCACUGCAGUGUGGGUCAGAAGGAGGACUUGGAAAGGCCCCAGCCAGAACUGAUGUCGCCACAUUUUCCGUCAGAAUUUCUUAAUCAGCAUGAAGUCGCAAUGUUUGAUGACAUGCAGGGGUCCGUCGGCCAGCCUUGGGAGUGCUGAUUGGACUUUUUUCCUGAAAUUGAUUAGUCGAUAAUGUGUUAUACCUGAACGAUUUGUAUGCCCAUCACCAGAUCUGGCUUUGGUAGACCCGAAUGGAUCCGGUCCAAUGGAGUGCCUGCAAAGACAAUCUUAAAAAAGGGAUAGGGGGCACACACAUCCUCAUAUAUACUUGACCUAAUUUAAUUGACUUCCCAGUAUUUAUUUCCGGGUGGUAGCUAUCAUGUGUUCUGCAGUCAAAUUGAAAUCUGUCAGAAAGAUGUUGUCAGAGAAAAGCUUUCGAACAAUUGUAAUAAAAUUCUUAAAAUAAUUUUGGUCAAUUGUGCUACCACCACUUACUUAAAUUUUUACUUUAACAUGUCUACCAUAUCUAGACAGUAUUUUGUAAGCGCAUUGAUCGUUAUUUCAUUCGAUACAUUAUCAGUAUAGGGUCAAUAUGGGCCGACCCAUUAUCCAUUGUCAGCAUUAAACUAAUAUAACAUUUGUAUAUUAUCAUUAUCUUUGAGACUGAUAAUCAAAACAUUACUCAAUGUAAAUACUGUACAUAAAAAAAUGCUCUAGACCACAGGUGUUAAACUGGUCAUCCCAUCAUUUUAUGUGGCCCACGAAAGCAAAUCAAAAUUGUUAAUUGUGUUCUGGUGUAAUACCAUUAAGAUAUUUGCAAACAUUUUUGUGUUACCAAUCCCCCUUUGAAAACAACUGUAAUAGUUGAAAAACAUGAUUUUAUAGGGCCCUAAUUUCAAAACUGGCUAUUCAUCAAUAUGUUGUGUAUACUGUACGUAAUUACCAUCUAUGAGGUAAUCUUUGAUUUAUGUGGGUUCACAGUCGUAGCGGCCCGCCGAGGGAAGUCAGUCACGAUGUGGCCCGUGUCAAAAAUGAGUUUGACAUCCCUGCUCUAGACACUUUACAAAAAUUUGGGUGGAAUUAAAGCUCCUGCUAGGAACCGGUACUUUUCCUUUCCCCCGAAAGCCCGUGUCUGUGUCAACAUGAGAUCAUGUAAAUAACGAGUGAAGGGAUUUGAGUAGUCUGGCAAUCGAAGACUUUCUUCCGUUGGAUCAAAUCUGCCUCAGCAUUUUUUGUCCAAGGGAUGCCAGUGACACAGUCAGUUAAGCAUAAUUACUGAUCCAGGACCUGCAGUAAUUUGUCAUGCUCAAACGUAACAUCUGUAUCAUUAUUAGGUUUUUCGUCUGAAGGUUCAGGGAUUUUAAAUUUAGAAAUUUUGUUUUUCAGACGACAUUUAAAAUGUAUCUUUGCUAACUGUAUGCCAGUAUCAGCUAAGAAUUUCAGUAAGGCCCAUGUCUGGCUUUUUCAAACAUGAACAUUCUAUUGUCUACAAGUCUAUUGCCUACAAUUUGUAGUAUAUAUACUGUAUGUGGCCAGCCACUAUAUCAUACCAUGUUGACCUAAUCACAAAUGUGCACAAUUUUAUAUCGCUUCAUAUGUCAACCCAAAUAGGUGAAUGUUCCAUAAUGAGUUCAAAAUUAUUGUCAUUAAAUGUUUGUAGACCAAUCACCAUAUGUAUCAGAAUCAGAAUCAUCUUUAUUUUGCCAAGUAUGUCCAAAAAACACGCAAGGAAUUUGUCUCCGGUAGUUGGAGCCACUCUAGUACAACAACAGACAGUCAAUUGACAGAAAAUACUUUUGAGACAUAAAGACAUUGAGAAAAACAGUCACUGAGCAAUAAAAGGUUGCUAGUAAUCUGGCAAUGCCGAUACAUUUAUUAUUAUUUUUUUAGCAAUUGUGCAAAAAGAUGCAUAGUCCUCUAGCAAUUAGAGCAGUUUGAAUGACUAAUAUAGCAAUAGUCAGGUGCAAUGACCAUUGUGCAAAGGGCGCCGAGACUUCAAGGAAUGUAUGCAGUUUAAAGUGACGACAGUGCGAUAAUCUGAGACAAUGUCGAUUGUGCAAAUGUUGCAGAUACUCCUCAGUCAGUGUGCAUGUGGUGCAGAUGCUACUCUGGCAUGAGUGGCCAGUAUUGGUCAACAACAGAUAUGCAAAUAGUGCAGCGUGGCGAGACUACUAUGUGAGUGCACGGGUAAUGUAUAAUUGGCCCCACAGAAAUGUGCCAACAAACUCAAGAGAAAAUUGGCAGCAUGUUGCAAUGGAAUUGUAAGUUAGCUGUUUAAGAAGUUGAUGGCAAAAGGGAAGAAGCUGUUGGAAUGUCUGCUUGUUUUAGUUUGCAUUGUUCGGUCGUGCCUUCCUGAGGGAAGGAGCUGGAAGAGCUGGUGACCAGGAUGUGGAGGGUCCAAGAGGAUUUUGCACGCUCUUGUCUUAGUUCUGGCAGCGUGCAAGUCUUCCAGGGUGGGGAGGGGGGUACCGACAAUCUUUUCAGCAGUUUUGAUUGUCCGUUGCAGUCGGAGUUUGUCCUUUUUUGUAGCAGCACCAAACGAGUCGAGCAUAAUAACACUGCAACAACGUGUAAUGCGACCUUCAUACUCCAGAGCACAAAACAACACAAAACCAAAAACAAUUCCAGACAAAACUCCCCCUUUUUUUGAUAAAGUGACACAUGGUCCCAUCCAUGCUCACUUUCAUAAAAUACAAAAACAAAAAAACAUUCUCGACAACCAAAAAGUGGUUAAUACCGGACAGAAUUUGGCCCAAUGGGUAUCGACUCCAAUACUGGACAAAUAUCAUCAACAGUGUCCGUGCCAAGUGGAUGCUGGCGGGUGGGCAGUUUAGGUUCAAUCAAAUCGCCGGAUAGUUCCGGAUUAACCCUAUAUUUGCUGGUAGCCCAAUUGGUGGGAUUUUACUUGGGACUUGGGAAAUGUCAAGGAAGCAGAAAAGAACAUUGCAAAUGAAGUUCAAUUCGUAAGAAGGACGCGAUGUAAAGCACGUAUGCGUGUUGUGAAAAAUCUGUGUUCUUUGACAGAGUUAAACAAAAAACGUUCCCAAUUAAUCGUGCGCCAACAGAUAAGCAAAAGGCUGACAUUCUUCUAAUCGCGCUGAAGUUUGCUCCGCCAGAGAAAUGUGCACAUGACACAUAGCUGCGCAUAAACACACAGACAACACAACAUUAAAUAAAAACACACAGCUGCACAAAGUCAUUACUGGAGGUUGCAGCAUACAACAAUCCUUUUAAAGAUUAAAUAUCUGUUUGAUGUUGAAAUUGUUAAAGUUGUACUACCCCCCCCCCCCCCCCCCCCAAUGGACUCUAUCUUGCUAUCAGUAGGUUACUCUCGUUCAGGUCUCUAGGCCUCAUUGUCACUACUUCAUAAAAACAAAACAAAACUCUUGAUCAACAAUAUCACAGCAUCACACUAGUUAAUCCUCAAUCGAAUCCUCAAAUAAAUAAAUACAUUUCCAUAACUUCUUUUCCCCUGGAGCAACAGCUCAAAACACAUUGCUUAAGUUGUAAUACGCACACAGAUAUAUACUGUAGCCACAGCGAAAAACAGAUCUUCCUGUAAUCAAACAACGUACUUUCAUCAAACACUUGGCCAAAAUUCCAGCAUUCGUCUCUCAAACACAACACACAUAGCUAAACACGCCAACACACCAGUAAUCAGCAGACCGCACAGUCACUCACACCAAGUCAUUUUCGUCCAUAAAUUGAACACACGUCUUGUCAGUCAGAUAGUCUUAUCUCUUCAUUCUCAAAUACCUUUAAAGCUUUUUUGUCCUUUUAAUUGCUGUAAAGCACUAGGUGUUACAUUUUUAAUUAAUGAAACGUGCUAUAUAAAUACAUUUGCUUUGAUCAUUUGACAGCAUUUGAAACAAACAUUAUUUCAAACAAAACUGUUAAUCUGUGAGUGCAAACAAAUUGUGGUUCUGUUAGAUAAAUUGUAGAAGUUAUCAUUUAUUUGCUUAGCUUGCAUUAGUAUAAUGGACAAUUUUAGAUGUCUCGCCUUCAAAAAGAAGACUCAGCAUCAUCCGAUGGAAGGGCGCCUGGACCAAGGACGUGAUCGGAUGUGGUCGGGUCGUGACAGGUGUUGGUUCAAUAUUAUGUGUUGUGUCUUAUUACUUAGAAUACUAUGUCUGGGAAAAACCCUCUUAUUAUCAAAUAUUUUGUGUUGUGUCUUAUUGCUUAGAACAUUAUGAUUUGUAAAUCCCUCCUAUUUCAAAUAAAAGCAGGAGCGAGGGGGGGGGAUUGUUUAGAGCGUGUUGAGAGGCUGUGAUCUGAACAAUCUCCCAUACGCCCUCCUCAUGAGAAAAAGAAA